AUGGCAUCGUCAAAUAAAUUUUUGAAUGUAAAAAAGGAAGACUCCUACUUGGCCAAGUUUACACAUGACACCAUCAUAUUGGCAGAAAAUUUAUUUAAAAUUAUUGCCAAGCCUUUCAGGCAUGGAGAUUCGUCAGCUUUGGAAGAGUAUGCUGAUGAGGGCAAUGUGGAGUCCAUCUCCUUCUGUUCGGAGGUGUUACCUUUUUACUGUAAAUCGGAGUUAAUUCAUCGGGGAGACGUUUUCAACGUCCGCUUUGGCCAUUCCUGCAUUUUCUACAAGAACAACAUAUACAUAUAUGGCGGCAACCAACUCAGCGAAUCCUUCAACUCGAAGCUGAUUAAGUUCAGCACUGAGAUGAAAGUGUUCAGCUUCGUGGAAGAACGGACCCCACCGCAGAGCCGGUACUACGCAACGCUGAAUUUAGUCUACUCUAGUGCCCUAAAAGAACAGUGCCUAUUCUUAUUUGGAGGAAAGCGGGGCAAGUACAUCACGAACGACACGUAUAUGUUUAAUUUAAGUAACAACACCUGGGAACACAUAAAGGUGCAAUUUUCUCCCCCCCCCGUUUUUGGACAUGUGUCUUUUAAAUACAAAAACAUCAUUUUCAUCCACGGAGGGAACAUGGGGAACCUAAACGUGAACAACGACAUUUGGUGCUUCUUCGAAGAGGAAAAAAAAUGGGUCAAAAUUAUGAGCAAGGAUGAGUAUUACAAGAAGGUGAUUUACAAACCCAGUGCCAGGUUUUUCCACUCGUGUUCUGUGUGCAUAUCUAAUCAGGGAAAUGACGUCAAGGCGUUUAUCUUCGGAGGGCUGAACUCCAACAAUAAGUGCGUUGAGGAUACCUUCUGGUGUUACUCCUUAAGUAACGGGAAGUGGACCCCAAUUGAGAAUUCCCUUGGGAAGAUCCCCGUGCAGCGAUUUGGACACAGCUCCACUGUUCUGAACGACAGGUGGUUCCUCCUCUGCGGGGGGUACAACUUCUGCUGGUACUCCAAGUCGGAGCUGAUGGACAUUCACGCGUACGAUAUCAAUUUGAACACCUGGUCAUGUCUGAACGUGUACGGCACACCUCUAGUUACUCACCAUUUUUAUGGAAAGAUCAUCCAAGUGGAUGAGAGUGGCUACUUCUUCAUCUUCGGGGGACUGCGCAACAACGAAAUGUCCAAUAAGAUUUACAAAUUCACGACGCUCCUCGCCACGCCAUACUUCAAAGCCCUGCGAGACAAGAUGGACGAAAUGGAAAAGAAGGUCCUCUACCUGGAAAAGAACCCAGUGCAGUUACUGAACCCGUCUUAUGGAAGAGAUAUAAACGAAAUAAAAGGCACCCUCAAUGGAAUUUCCUUCACGCUUGUCAAGUACAUACAGCUAGCUAGUGACAUAAAUGAAAAAAUAAAAAUCUCGAAUGAACUUGCCAAGAGUAACUAUCCACAACUGUCAGAGAAGUUUGAACAAUACAACAAGCAGUAUGACUCUUUGGUCAGCAGAAUUGACCACCUGGAUAGCACUCUCUCCGAUUCGGACCUCGAUGUUAGGAGGGGGGACAAUGAGAACAACUUGCGCAAGAGUAGCUCUAGUUUUACUCUAUCCAGCGAGCCGAGCGGCGAGCACAACGGUCAGGCGACCAAUGUGUUGUGA